CCAGCCUGGACAUUCCAGGAGAGGACAGAAAAGGAGCUGAGAUGGCCUUCUUCAACCUGUAUCUAUUGGGAUAUCAAAAUUCCUUUCGACACAAGAAAAGAGACACAACUGAAGAAGCAAACCAGAAGGAACUGGUGCCCACUAGGCUUCCCCCGAUUACCUUAGAAGAUGGGAAUUAUUCCGUGCACCAGAAUAGCCAUCAAAGGUACCAUGAAGCUGUACGGAAGGUGUUGUUAAAGACAUUCCCCAAUCAGGUCUUCAGAGUCCCCUUGACUGAAGCUCAGAACGUCAGCUUCUGGAGGUCCCACGAUCCAGGAGUGCGCCCAGAGGAAACCAUGCCAUGGAUCCGCAGCCCUCGCCACUGCCUCAUUAAAAGCCCGAUGACCAGGUUUAUGGAUCACUCUAUUCUCAAUGAUAGAAACUUCAGUCUGUAUUGAACAGGAUGUUUGCAGAAUGACAAGAGGGGCUGUGGAAGGAGGGCAAAGGAGGGGAAGAGGAAGGAGGCAUCCUGGUUCUGACGGCUGACCAAUGGGAGGAGGGCAUCAAGAAAGCAAAGUAAACAGAUUGGACUA